CGUUCGUCGCCGCGCGGUUCGUUCAAACGUGUUUCGCUGCCGAGCGUCAAGCUCGUUGCUUCCUUUUCGUUUCAUUUCGUUUCGUUCCGCUGCCUUUUUGCCGGUACUUCUGCGCAUGCGCGGAUGCGUGCCUCGCGUCGUUGCAUUGCGUUGCGUUGCAUUUGUUGCAUUUGUUGCGUGCGGGGUGCAUUGUGUGUGCGUGUGCUUGGUGCGACGCUUUAAAUGGCGUUUUAAGUGAAAUUAAAAUGACGGAUGUGCUGUAAUUUGCACACUCACGCUACAACAACAACAACAACAAGAGUAACAAGAAAUCCAAGAAUCAAGAGAUAUAUAAAUAAUAGCAACAUAACACACACGGUGGUUCGGCGAUGGGGCGUUGUAUUUGUGGUAGCAUGUGCCUUAGUUGAUCGAAUUAAGUGCGAGUUUGUAGCGCCCGCGGGACCGGGACCGGGAACUGCAAUUGACUGGCCGGCCGCCGACUGCCCAACCGGAAAUGCAAGCCCAACAAUAAUAAUAACAACAACAACAACAAGUGUAUAGUAUAGUAUAGUAUAGUAUAGUAGCAACACCCCCGCCCAGGAAACAGCGGCAAUAAGUGCUAAUAAGUGAGCCAGAGACAAGACCGGAUGCAGGGCACUAGUAAUUGCCAAUUUUAGGUCUGAACUGUUCAGUGUCGUUUCGUUCAAUUUGAAAAAAUCUGUAGGGCUCUCGGACUGUUAUUUUUUGUGUAUUUUUUGUUGUUUUUUUUGCUCAGGCUGUCAUGCUCAGGCGACUCAUAAAAUAUUUGCCUAAGUAACUGAGUAACUGAGUAAACCAAGCAACUAACUAACAUCGUCACGCACUGCGAUCAGCGCAGCUCCUCCCUCACUCUCUUACUCUCACCUGCGCUGGCCGACCGUCUCCUUCUGGGGCUGCAACAUGCGGCUGCUGCUACGUCUUCGGUGGCCCCCCUCCCCCGCUGAUAAAAAUAAAAGGGAGUCCCCCCGCAGCCCAAACAAAAGUUAAAAAGCCCAAGAGGCAAGAGGCAAGCUAAGAAACAAGCAACAGGUCGCAAAAGAACAAAAAAAAAAAAAACAAAAGGGGAGACACGCGAAUUGAGAAAAGAAAUAAAAAUAAAAAAAAAUAAAACUCAAGGUGCGUUGCACUCGUUUUGGCCGCGUUUUGUCAUUGAUUCCGCGGAUGCGAAAUAGCAUGCGGCAGUUGCAGUUGCAACAAAAAGACGCAACAGCUGCUGCGACAAUAGCCGGGCCGAAAGCACCUAGUACCAGCAAAAGCAAAAGCAAGAGGCAACAGGCAAAAGCCAGAGCCAGGCCCAGAGCCAAAACCAAGCGCUAGUUGCAGCGAUUAUUUCAAGCAUCCACCUCCACCACCGCCCUCGCCUGCCUGCCGACCGCCGCCGCUGCCUCGCCGCUUUCCCCUCCUUUCAACUUCAACUUGCUGCCUGUCUUUUGUAACGUGGCCAGAACGUUGCCGGGCAAUUAUUAUUUUGUAAGACGUUUUACAAUUUAAUGGUUUUCAUGAAUGGACUUGGAUCCGACCCUCUGUCAGCAAAGGAGGCAGAGGGCCCUCCGGUUCAGGUUGAACCAGUUGAUCUGAGCUUACGUUCGCCGCGCGCGAGCACCUCGCAUGGCAGCAGCAGUGGCAGCUGCAAGUCUUCCUUGGCGAUUGGCAACAAGGCUAUCGGCUACAGCAAUGGCAAGCAGAGUGGAUCAUCUGGCUCAUCCUCGUCCUCGGGCUUUGGAGCGGCCUCGACCGGUGCCGCAUCGUUGGGGGCCUUCGCCCGACAGCACCAUCACCAGCAGCAGCAGCAACAACAGCAACAUCAUCAUCAGCAACAGCAACCUACGCAACAACAACUUUAUGCCUCCGGCGUGUCCAAGUUGCCAUUCUCGCCGUUCUUCGCGGCCUCGCCAUUCUUCUUCACCUAUCGACGGAUCAGCGGCAAGCAGGAGGACAACAACAACAGCUGCAGCUACAACAACGGGACCAGCAGCAGCUCCGGAUCGGGGUCGGGCUCUGGGGCAGGUGGCAACAGCAUGCAGGACUACGACCGGAAGUUCUCGCUGCUGAGCCUCUUCAAGAAUCCCUACAAGUUCGGCGACACCCAGGCGUCGAGGAAGAGCUCUCCCACUGGCGGUUCCAGCAAGUCCCUGACCACGGGCUGCUCCUCGUCGCCCAGCUGGAAGAGCUACGCCGGCUCGGGGUCACCUCACGCCGCCCUUAACCCCGCCUUCGGGGGCAUGGCUCUGGGGGCAACGCGCAAGGACAGCAGCAGCUUCAGCGGCAUCAACUUUGGCGGAAGUGCCUCAGCCUUCGGGCGCUCCUCCUCCUCCUCCGACUCGACAGCCAACGGCGGCUACAAUGAUCUCUCCAAGAACCGCAAGGUCCACAAGUGCGAUACUGAGGGCUGCGACAAGGUCUACACCAAGAGUUCGCACCUGAAGGCGCACAAGCGAACGCAUACAGGCGAGAAGCCGUACGUGUGCACGUGGGAGGGCUGCAUCUGGCGCUUCGCCCGCUCCGACGAGCUGACCCGCCACUACCGGAAGCACACCGGCGUGAAGCCGUUCCGCUGCCAGCUGUGCACCCGGAGCUUCAGUCGCUCGGACCACCUGUCGCUGCACAUGCGCCGCCACUGAGGAUUCGGUACUGCCACACCGGCCAUAUCCAUCACAUAUAUACAUAUCGGAGAAUACUCAUCUGCGAGAUGCCGCACACCUGGUGGCAGGGAUCUUGAUUAUUUAUAUCUGCACUUCAAUUCAUUCCAUCGUUUGGCUGAGGACCAGAACGGACGUAUUCCAUAUCGCCUAAGUAGCUCAAUUUAUUGAUAGGCGGGCUCAAAGCCCACUCUAGACGUAGUGCUUAACCGUAGUUCCGGGCUGGAAAGAUUUGUAAAAUUUUUCACAUUUUAAGCCCAGAGACAAUUGCCUUCAGAAGCCAAGUUAACAAUGUGGAUUUUUUUACCUACCACACACUAGGAUAUAUAC